GAAGUCCCUGCGCGCAUGUCGAAGCUUCAUCGUCUACCUAAAGGUACUCAAACGCUCAUUCUUUUCCCCUGCCAGUGAGCAUAGUGACACGCACCCAUUAUUUGCCCCCCCGAAGCAGAACAAAAAGAGCAUAUCGUUUCAGUACACGAACAGCAGUAGUACCUGUCAACAAAGUGCCACAGAACUAUCCAGCCUACUUUGCUGCCCCGUCCCAUCCCUCCCCCCCCAAAUAUUCCCCCUUAGUCCAACAAUCAUGAGCUCAGUAACGCCAGACGGCGAAGACGGCACUACCGCUAAAGGAGGCCUCAAAAACGGAGGCAUAUCUGAGCAAAAGGGUUCAACGCAAGUCCCAACUCCUCCAGUAUCGGCCCCUGGGUCGCCAGCACCAGAAUCACGGCCAGAACCAACAUCCUCAUCCUUGCUAUCAUCACCACCACCACCAUCGGAACAAGAACAAGACCCGAUUCCGGCCUCAUCCUCCUCAUCCUCACCCUCGGCGUCACGCGCCGCGCUCUCACACAAGAACAAGAACGAGGUGCCACGGAUAUCACGGCUUCACUGGCUAAUGGUUGGUGGCACUGGCACGCCGCCCAGGCGGGACAAGUUUUGGCGCAUGGUCGCCGCGCGGAAGAAGGCUGGGGAGGCCCGGCGCCGCAGGAAGACCAAGAAGGACAGCAGUGGGAAAGACGGUGGUGGCGGUGAUGUCACGACCGCAUGAAGUCAUGAUCAAGCUUGUAAAGAUAUAGAGGAAUACACAACUGGGAAGCAAUUCUUUGAACAAGUACAAAAGGCCAACCCCGAGAGACACUUGAUGAUGUGCAUGUUAGGCAGAGACCCAACAAAGAGCCUAGGCGAUAGACAGACACAACCACUGCAUGCAUCACUAGGUUCACUCGCAGGCCGAGGACGGAAGCCAAAAGAGACUUCGAGUCAUGGAAAUCAAAUGCAUAUGCAGCU